AUGGCCGGUUCAACUUUAAAAGACGUUGUCACCCGUGAAUACACCAUCAACCUCCACAAGAGAUUGCACGGUGUCCAAUUCAAGAGACGUGCUCCAAGAGCCGUUAAGGAAAUCAAGAAGUUCGCCAAAUUGCACAUGGGAACUGAGGAUGUCAGACUAGACCCAAAGUUGAACAUUGAGUUGUGGAAGAGAGGUAUCAAGGGUGUUCCAUACAGAUUGCGUAUCAGAAUCUCUAGAAAGCGUAACGAGGAGGAAGAUGCCAGACAGAAGUUGUUCUCCUUUGUCGAGCCAGUUAACGUUGCCGACGUCAAGGGUUUGAACACCGUCGUUGUCGAAGACGAAGAGUAA